AUGUCACCUCCAAUGAUUGACAUUUCCCAAUACGAAAUCUCCAUAAUCAAACAAGCUUGGCUUGCUUUAAACUUAUUCACCAAUUAUCACAACUUAAACACCACCGGACAAAAUGGAGGCCCCAAAGUGAUCAACAAUGAUUUCAACUUGCGUGAAUUUGAACAAAACCUAGCCACGAAAAUAUACCACAAAUCCGCCACAAAGGACCUGCUGGAUUUGCCCAACUUCAUUACUGGAACCCAUAUUCUCGACAAUGAUUUAUUCAACAGCCACCAUGCCACUACUACUCCAUCUUCAAUAUCCGAUUCUGAGAUUAGUGCAAUCAUCAAUGAUUAUCAAUUAGAACCAUUACUUCAAUUCAUAACCAUUAUGAUUAACCAUUUAGAAUUCAAUAUGAUCCAACCUGGUCAAUCAAUGAUUACAAAUUUUCUGAAUCGAAAUGUCCGUUUAUACGACAUGUCUUUUGCAAAAUAUCAACUUUGGGGCGAAUGUCUUAUAGAGUCCAUGGUUGAUAAAUUGAGUAUAACUGAUGCUAGCAAGUUUCAAGGUGAAGAACAAUUUAUCUUUAACAAGUUUUUAUCUCAAGUAUUGAGUUUUUUGGCAUAUCAUAGUAAAGAGUCUACCGUGGCGUUUCCUAAUGACUCUGCAAUAUCAAACAACCGAGACCAUGCGGGGAAAAGAACAUUGGUAGGUGAAAGCUACCCAGGUCCAACUAUAUCCGACAUGGCAAAUGUUACAAGUCCAUAUUCUCAUUUGGCACAACCUGUUAAACCAUCAACUAGGUCGUCGUCGUCGUCAGCGAGAUCAUCAACGAGAUUAUCAACCACAUCUACGUUACCAUCAGACAAAUCAUCCCAAAUGUCCCUACAUCACACUCAAAGUUUCAAUAAUGAACCAUUUGAUCAUCUACUGGAAACUGACAUCAACAAGAUACACAAUCCACAACCAUCUGCACCAGAGAAAAAAACCAAUCAUUUAAUCAAACAGGACGACAAAGAGCUUUCUCUCGCACGUUCGGUAUCUUUGGAAUCCAUAACUGAUGAUACCUAUGACUAUUUGAACUCAUUUAGAUGUUACAAAACACCCAUUGAAGAGAGCAAGUAUGCUAAGCUCAAACGAUCAUUUUCUAAAACAUCUUCUUCUUCUUCAUCAAGAAGGAAAUGGAGUUUACUGAAAAGGAAAGGUAAUGAAACUCCACUACAAAGUCAACUCACUCAAGGACAAUCGAUGGAAAAACAACAUUCCAAAAAUGGACUUUAUCGAAUAAUCAGUCGUAGGUAG